UCCACCAGCCGUCAAUUUUGACAGUGUCGGCCAUUCUCUUUUCCCAACUCAACCCAAUCUGAUCAACACAUAUUUUCUUCGUUCCUUUCUGAAUCUCAAUUUCUUUUGUUUUGAUUCGAUUUUCGAGACGCGAGGCCGGAUUGAAUCGGAUCCGAUCCGAAUUUUGUUAGGUCGAAGAGAAUGGCGGCAUCGCGGCGUCUCCGAGAUUUACAAUCGCAGCCGGGGAACAAGAUCUGCGUCGACUGCUCCCAGAAAAACCCUCAAUGGGCCUCCGUCUCCUACGGAGUGUUCAUGUGCUUGGAGUGCUCCGGCAAGCACCGCGGCCUCGGCGUCCACAUCUCCUUCGUCCGAUCUGUCACUAUGGACUCCUGGUCCGAGAUCCAGCUCCGGAAAAUGGAGCUUGGGGGAAACGACAACUUCAAUUCCUUCAUCUCCCAGUACGGAGUCCCGAAAGAGACCGAUAUCGUCACCAAGUACAACACCAAGGCAGCAUCGGUUUACCGGGACAGGAUCCAAGCCCUAGCCGACGGGAAGCCCUGGCGAGAUCCACCAGUGGUCAAGGAAACGCUCAAGGGCGGCGCCGGUAGUAACAGUAGUAAGCCGCCCUUGAGCGGUGGUGGGGGUAGGAAUGGGAACGUUGGUGGGAAUUCGAGUUGGGACAGUUGGGACGACGAUGGAGGGUUUAAUAACGGGAAUCAUAGCAAUAAUAAUAUUCGGAGGAACCAGACGGUGGGGGAUUUCAGGAGUGGUGGAGGAAGCGGUAGUGCACCGGCCAGGUCGAGGUCAACGCAGGAUAUCUACCGGGCGCAACUGGAGGCCUCAGCCGCCGAUAAGGGUAACUUUUUCGCUAGGAAAAUGGCGGAGAAUGAGUCCAGGCCUGAUGGUAUCCCGCCAUCACAAGGAGGGAAGUAUGUUGGGUUCGGAUCAAGCCCUUCCCCGAUGCCCAGAAAUAGUAAUUAUAAUAAUAAUCCCCAAGGCGAUGUGCUUUCAGCUGUUUCUCAGGGUUUUGGUAGAUUAUCCAUGGUAGCUGCUUCCGCUGCCCAAUCGGCUGCUAAUGUGGUUCAAGCAGGGACAAAGGAGAUAGCUUCAAAGGUGAAAGAUGGUGGUUAUGACACUAAGGUGAAUGAAACAGUGAACGUAGUCACGGCAAAAACAACUGAGAUUGGUCAAAGAACCUGGGGGAUCAUGAAAGGGGUACUGGCAUUAGCUUCACAGAAGGUUGAAGAAUAUACUAAGGAGGACAAUGGCAACUGGAAAAACGAUAGCUGGCAACGGAAUGAAAGUGAACAGAAUGGCUAUUAUCAGGACUUUAAUCACAACUCUAAAGGUUUGAACUCUUCUGGGGGAGGAGGUGGUCAGUCCUCAUCCGGUCGACAGUUCAAUUCUGUCAACUCCGGUUCGUGGGACAAUUGGGAUACUAAAGGCAACAAUACAAAAGAAACAAGCCCAGCUAAUAACGAUAGCUGGGCAGGCUGGGAUGAUGCAAAAGAUGAUGGGUUUGAUGACUUUUACCAGAGUGCACAUGAUAAUAAACAUGUUGGACACAAUGGAAAAUCAGACACUAAGUGGAGUGAUGGAGGGUUCCUCUAAAGCUGGUAAAAGUUUCAGUAAAACUUCCCAAUCAUCUUUCAGUAAAACUUUCCCCUUUGGAAUUUAAUUCUAUCCAUAUAACUUGUGUUAAGGGAUUGUUAUUCUGGAGACUGUAAAAUUGCCAAUAGGGAGGACCAAUUACAUCCUCCCAGCCUGGUAAAAGAACAUAAUAUUGAAGAUUUGAUGUUUGUCAGGACCAUUAUUUCUUGGAUUAUAUUUUUUCAUCACAUUUGGAUUUGUAGUGACAAACCAUAUUUUUCCUAUGUUCAAUUGUGUAUUUUUAUCAUC